CUCCCCCUGCACCUUGCUCUUGAAACUUGUGUUGACAGACAGUGUCAGAACUUCACGUAGUUCCAUAUCAAAGGCCGGUUCAAUGGAAAAUUCUCCCGAAACAGUCGAAACAUUAGAAGAUAUUUUAAGUGACUUUGCAAGUCUUGAUGCUGCUGCUGAAAUUGUUGCCAGCGGAGGUGCGGCACCCGCCCCCUUCAAGGCACCUGUGGAACCCAUUUGUGACUUUGAAGUUGGUUUACAGUGGUUUAAUUGCUCCGAGCCACUUUCUAUUGGGCGUCAACUUCGAGGCAAAAUUGUUGUUUUGGAUUUUUUCACAUACUGCUGCAUUAACUGCCUGCACAUACUCCCUCAUUUACGGAAGGUGGAAGAAAGAUUUUCCACUGAAAAUGGAGUUGUUGUUAUAGGUGUUCAUAGUGCCAAAUUUGACAAUGAGAAAGACUCUGAAAAUAUAUCAGCUGCUCUUAAGAGAUAUGACAUCACUCAUCCAGUUGUGAAUGAUUGUGAGGGUGAGCUCUGGUCCAAGUUAGGUAUAUCCUGCUGGCCAACCGUACUUGUCUUAGGCCCUGAAGGCCAGCCUUUAUACAAAUUGGUCGGAGAGUUCAACGCAGAUCAUCUGGUUGAUUUCAUUAGCAGAGUUGUCACCUAUUUUGGAUCUCAUGGAAAGUUAUCCCCUCAUUCUCUACCACUUUCCUCAUCCACGUCAGUCCUCAAAGGGCCACUUUUGUUUCCUGGAAAGAUAACUUCUACUACUCAGCAAGAUGGUUUGGAGCUAGUUGCUGUUGCAAACUCCGGUUUGCAUACUGUAAUCAUCACUUCCGCUGAUGGUAUAAUUAAACAUGUCAUAGGCAACUCUGGGAAGCCUGGGUUUGCUGAUGGUAAUUUCAGCACCGCUCUUUUCAAUGCUCCUCAAGGACUCGCAUUUGCUCAGUGUGAUGUCCUCUUUGUUGCGGACACAGAAAAUCAUGCCAUCCGAAAGAUAGAUCUGACGAAAGAAACAGUAAUAACCAUUGUUGGAAACACACUAAAAGCUGCCGGCAAUGAUGGUAGCACAGUGUACAAUGCAAAUGGUAUUUCCUCUCCUUGGGAUCUUUGCUUCGUUCGCCGCCAGGUGCCCUCAACACGUCAUCUUCCUCAGCCAUUUAUGUCCAUCUGUCCUCCUGCUCCCCCUGGGCACAUCUCUUUAAGUGGAGUUCCUGUACUACCACCCCCUGAACCCCCUUGUAUCCCUCCAGCCCCUGCACCCCCUUGUAUGCCUCCAGCCCCUGCACCCCCUUUUAUGCCCCUAGCCCCUGGACCCCCUUGUAUGCCUCCAGCCCCUGCACCCCCUUGUAUGCCUCCAGCCCCUGCACCCUCUUGUAUGCCUCCAGCCCCUGCACCCCCUUGUAUCCCAGCACCUCCACCGCCGGGAACCUCUGCAUUUGCUCAAGAAAUAACAGAGGAAGAAUCUUUAAAAGAGCAAGAAGUGCUUUUCAUUGCUAUGGCUGGAUGUCAUCAAAUUUGGGCAUUAUUCUUCCAAGACACAACAUGGUGGGGGAAAGAGUUUUUUGUUGCUGGAACCUGUGUAAAUGUUGCGGGAUCGGGAAGUGAAGCUAACAGAAACAACUCAUAUCCUCGAUCAGCUUCCUUUGCCCAGCCAUCUGGCUUGACGUACAGUUCUAAGUUGGAUGAGAUCUAUAUUGCAGACAGUGAAAGUUCAAGUAUAAGAAGUAUAAGUUUAAAAACAGGAAAGGUGUCAGCAGUUGUCGGAGGAAGCAAAACUCCAGAUGAUUUAUUUUCCUUUGGUGAUAUUGAUGGAAACGGAUUCAAUGCAAAACUUCAGCACCCCCUUGGAGUAGCAUGGCAUGAUAGAAGUGAGAGCCUUUUCGUAGCAGACAGUUACAAUCACAAAAUCAAAAUUGUUAAACCUGGUGUUAAUUCAUGUGUGGCUUACAUUGGAACUGGUAAGCCUGGUAAUCUACUUUCUGGACUCAAGUCUCAGCUACAUGAACCUGGCGGGCUGUGUGUUAAUAAGACUGGAACUGAACUGUACAUUGCUGAUACAAACAACCACACCAUAAAAGUUUUCAAUUUUAGUACAUGUACGAUAACUGAGUUGGCUCUUAUUUGUGGAGAUAAAGAGCCGGAAGAUAAAACCGAUGAGGCACUGAAAGCAAUUCCACUUACAGUAAAUUUUGGUGGCAAAAUUAUGUUACAUGUGGGCUUGUCUCUACCUCCUCAACUUCAGCUCACUGAAGGUGCACCUCAGCGGUGGAGUCUUCAUUUACCUGGUCUCUCCUGGAAAUGUGAUGCAUCAAGCGGCGUAUUUGAUUCAGAGUCUUCUACAGCCUCUAUAUCUGUGACUGCACCAGCAUACGAUCAGCACCAGCACCAAUCACUCAAUAAAAUUCGACUUACGACAAAGUUAUUUGUUUGUGUUGACAGUGUUUGUAAAGUUGCGACUCCAUCAUUGUCCUUUACUGUUAAAUGUGAUGCCAAGAGUACUAAUGAAGUUAUUUAUAAAUCUACACUGGCAUUGUGAAGAGCUGUUCACUAAUACUACUGACUCCGUUUUUAUAACAAAUUAUUCAAGAUUCAAAUAAAAAUUUCAAAGUGAA